UUAAGGAUACUGACAUGAUUCCAUGAUUCCAUCGAACGAGAAUCAACCAAUACAUACAACACGACAUUUUUCGAGGAAGCCGACGCAUGCCACAGAGACUCCAUUAGUUUUUUUUCGAUUCGAAUCACCCUGAAUCUGGGUUGGCACAACCAUUUAGAACUCGUCGCUAUUACGAAAAGGCUCUGA